ACAAGUGUUCGCUUCCGGUCUGGGAAAAAAAAAACGUGAAACGCAACAUAAACAAACCGGACGGUGGUGUUUUUUCUCCCGCGUAAAUAAAAGCUUCCAGGUGGGUUUUACCUGGCGAGCGGACCUCGGAUGUGACGGGGAGCCGCGGCGGAGCCGGUCGCAGGUGGCCAUGGUGAAGUGUGUGGUUUCCGGGUGUCCGAACAGAGUGUGCUCCCGCGGAGUGCUCAGCCGGCCGCCCAAGAGGUUCUUCAGCCUCCCCGCAGACCCCGCCAGGGUCAAGGUGUGGCUGGCGGCGCUCAGAGAGACGGACAAGCAGGACUCGACGGAGCAGCAGUUCAUCUGCGAGGAUCACUUCCUGUCGGACCACAUCACGCCGCAGGGCGUCAGCGACGACGCCAUUCCCAUCAUGCCCCCCUACCUGGACGGCCCGCUGGGCGUCAUCAGCCCCUGGGGGGCCGAGUCCUCCGAGGAGGAGGAGCAGUGGGCCGGUAAAGACGAAGCCGCUGAUGAGGAUGAGGAUGAUGAAGCUGCUGUGGCGCCCGCCGCCCCGCCCGCAGGACAGCAGCUCUCAGACGGAGGCGAGCAGGAUCCCCCGCAGCCCGAGGCUUUAAGUAGCCCCGCCCCCCCGCCAGGCAAGGAGGUGAACCGGGGCAAGACAUUCACCAGAAACGACGUGUCUCUGGGCUUUCUCACCAAGCGCUUCCUGGAGCUGAUGCUGGCGUCUCCGGACGGCGUGCUGGACCUGCGGCAGGUGGCGGCCAGCCUGCACACGCGCAGACGGCGAGUGUAUGACAUCACCAACGUGCUGGACGGCGUGUGCCUGAUCAAGAAGCAGUCGGCCAACACCAUCAAGUGGAUAAGCAGGAGCCCGGUCUCCAGCUUCCUGGGCCGGAGCCAUCAGAGGUUCCACCGGGAGCUGGAGAACCUGAAGACGGUGGAGCAGACGCUGGACGGGCUCAUCAAGACGUGCGCGCAGCAGCUGUUCGACAUGACCGACGACACGCAGAACACACAGUCGGCCUACGUGACGCACGACGACAUCCGUCACAUCCGGGUGUUCCAGGAGCAGACGGUGAUCGUCGUCAAGGCGCCGGAGGAAACCAAGCUGGAGGUCCCGACGCCCAAAGAGGACAGCAUCCAGGUGCACCUGAAGGGGGGGAAGGGUCCCAUCAAGGUGCUCACCUGCGAGAUGGACCGGCCCGGAGACGCCGCGACCUCUGACCCCGACCAGCAGAGCCGCUGCUUCACCACCCUGGAGGAGAGCCGCAUCAACACCAGCACCCUGCACACAGGUGAGACAGAGACCUCGACUCCGCAGAGCGCCGUGCAGAGCGCGUAGCCUCCAGCUGGCCACCAGGAGGCGCCGCUGCGUUCCCGCUCCCCUCCGGAAAAACAAAAGCGUGGGACUCGAGCUCGUGGAGACGCACGGCGCUUCGCUUCCAGCCGCACCUCGGUCCAGUUUCCAGAGUCAGAAACGUGAGGAGAUUCAACAAAAACUCAACCAGACCAAAACCUCCAGACGGAGAGGGAGAGUCGUUUCUGUUUGCACCGUCGUGACUUUUUUUUUUUUUUUUUUAUUCCUCACAUCACAAACUCCAUCCUGCGUUUUCCCGCUGAGAGGAAACGGCGGCGAUUCCGGCGAGGAAAGAGCUGAUCUUUAUUUUUCUACAUGAAAUGAUGCAAUACACGGAGGGCUGAGUGUCUGUGCAUUUACUUUGAAACAUGUCGUAUUAUUUCAUAUACAGCAUCGUGUGGUGUGUAAUAUUAUACUUAUUCUGUUUUAAUGUCUGAUCAGGUGUUAGUUGUAGUCAUUUUUUUAUUUUUUAUUCUGGAUAGAAAAUGUUUUCAUCACGAUUUGAUAUUUCUACUGAAGACAGCACCUCACACAUACUGCUACCAAUAAAAAAAAUCCAUUUCUGUGAA